UGUGUGAACACAGAAACAAAGAUGGCGGACGAACUAGACCGAGUUCGGAUUUCAGCUGCGGAGCUGCGAGCUGAAGCCUCGUCUUUGACCAACCACGACGACAGAGAGGAGCGAGGAGAGGAGGGACGUGGCCAACGACAGCAGCGUCACCACGGCAACGACCCGUCAAAACGCCCUGACCUGCAGCGCUACACGCCCGGGGCUGGCCACGGCAACCGUCGCCGUGACAGCGAGGACGGCGGCGUAGUCAUCUCCCCUGGAGACCCGUUAGCCAUGACCUCUGACCCCGAGGCGGAACUGGUGAUGUCACUGCCACAGGAGGAGGAAGAAGGACACAACAUGGCUGCCGCUGAGACAGUUUCAACUGAACCUGGAUGUAUAGAUGGAGGGAUGGCGAAAGGAGGAGGAGAGAAAUGUGGAGGAGGUUUUACAUCAAACCGGGGUGGAUGCUCUCGAGCGCCUGCACAACAGAGGACUCGAAGAGGUGACCACCACACCACCAGAGCAGACAACAACAACAACAACAGUAGUAGUAGCAGUAGUGCAAAGGGACCGUCAGGCUCAACUAACCGACCACAGAACUCCAGACAGAGGGAUGAGGUGAGAGGGAAGAACCAGAGGGGUAGAGAGCCAGCAGGGCGUUCCCCUGGCUCUCCCAAGGCCACCAGGAAGACCCGUAAACCUGACCGAGAGAUCUACCAGCCUGGGGGUCGGAGAAGCACCACCACCACCCAGGGGGAAGAGGGAAGAGAGACAGAGAAACCUGCUCCUGGUCCCCCUGAUCCUGUCAGAGAGGAAAGCCAAGCCAGGAGGGAACCAGUCGUAUGGAGAGAGAAAGAGGAAGAAGGCAGAGGUGGUGAAGAGACAGGCAGAAGGCAGGGGAGGAGAGAAACAGGGAAAGCAGCCGUCUCAGACCAUGGAGUAGAGAACCUGACUGGGAAGAUACAGACACUCUGUGUGACUGCCCCACCUGGGAGAGAAGAGGAGGGGAAGAGAGGAGAGGGUGAGGAAGGAGUAGGCAGGAGGAGGAGGAGGGCAAGCGGUGAGGGCAGGAGGAGCAGAGCUGGAGGUGGAGCCAAGGGACGAGUAGGAGGAGGAAAUGAAGGAUGCGAGAAGACUGAGGAGGAGAAGAAGAAGAGAGAGAGGGGAAACCGCAGGAACAGAGGAGCAGGGGAGAAAGGGGAGAAUCAGGACUCCAGGAGAAGAGGAGGAGGAGAGGGUGAGCGAGGGAUGACCGAGAGAGACAGGAGAGCGUCGGAAGAAGAUGGAGAGAGGGAAGCGAACCGUCCUGCAGAUGCACAGCCAGCAAAGGGAAGAGAAAAACAGAGGGAUAGAGAUACUGAGAGAGACAACCAGAGAGGGAACAACAGACCCCAACCUCUACCCUCAGAUAUAAACAGAGAGAAGAAUGGAGAGAAAGACGGGAACGUAGAGAUGCAGAGAAACAGAGAUAGGAGUGAGAGGAGCAGGGCUAACACUAACAACCACCACCACUCGUCAUCUUCCUCUAAGCACAACUCCAAGUCAAACAUCAGAAGACCCAGGAAUCGCACCUACAGCACCAGUUCUGCCAGUAGUGGCGCCAGCCUGGACGGACUGGGACAAGGGGAGGAUCGGAGGGAGGACAGGGCCCGACGAGACCGACUGGGACACAGGGAGAGAGACAGAGGAGAGGGAGGAGGAGGUCAGCUACCGAACAGGAGGAGAAACACUAGAGACUCCUCAACAGACUCACUGGAGGAGAGGAGGAGAGAUGGAGGAGAGGAGUACUUGAGCCCCCCGUGGAGGAGAGGGGAGGAGGAGAGCAGAGGGGGAAGAGGGCACAGAGGAGGAGGGAGAGGAGGGCUCCUGAAAGUGUCUCAGAGCGACAAACAGUUAGGUACCUCCCAUGCCACCUCAGGUCCCAGCGAUGACCCCCAGGGGCGCCUCAGGCAGGGCACUCUGCCUCGUGGUAAGGAGAGGGGCAUUCUCAUCCUCCCCGCCCACACUGACCUCUCCAAUUUGCCGACGGAGCCCAGGCCAAGGCUCCUGUUUGGUGGGAUUCGAGGAGGAAAAGAGGCGGGACUAGGGAGAGGAGGAAGGGGCGGAGGAACAAGGCGACUCUGGGAUCCCAACAACCCCGACCAGAAACCCGCUCUCCGGCUCUCCCAGCAUGCCUCUCUCCAGCAGCAGCAGCCCAUGUACCUGCAAACAGGCGGGGGUUACGGAGCGCUGCACUUCCUGGAUACGGACGACGAGGCUGCAGGGAGUCCCCCGGUCCGCCAGGGGGAGCACUUCUACCCCCAGCAGGAGGCCGCAGCCAUGGCCUUCUACAAGUACCAGAACUCUGACAACCCUUACCCUUACAACGCCAACCCUAAUGCACGUUACCCAUACCCCUACCACACUAUGCCUACCACCCCCUACCAGAUGCCCUCCUCCAACGGCAUUUACCCAGCCCAGUUUUAUGGGGAGUAUAGGGGCCAGGGGUACCAGACCGGGGCUGGAGCAGGUCUGACACCAGAGGAGGUGGAGCAGCAGGCCAGGGGAGAGCUGGGGAGACAGCUGAGGGCUGCAGACAGCCAGGAGUUACAACUCAGCAACCUCCUAUCUAGAGACAGACUCAGUGCUGACGGACUGGACCGCAUGGCUCAACUCAGAGCUGACCUGUUGACCCUGUAUGAGCGGGUGAUCCUAACAGACAUAGAGUUCAGUGACAGUCAGAACCUGGACCAGGCUCUAUGGAAGAACGUGUUCUACCAGGUUAUAGAGCACUUCAGGCAGCUCCUCAAAGACCCCAGCGGAGACUCAACCCUGCGCAUCACCCCCAUGCUGCUCACUCUGCUGGACGAGGGGACUGUGUUCUUUGAUGCACUGCUGCAGAAGCUUCAGACGGUGUUUCAAUUUAAACUGGAGGAUUACAUGGACGGCAUGGCCAUCAGACCACGUCCACUACGCAAGUAACAACACGCUGUGAAGUAUGCUCUGAUCAGUGCCCAGCGGUGUUUGAUCUGUCAGGGGGACAUCGCCCGUUACCGAGAGCAAGCCAGCGACUCGGCUAACUACGGCAAGGCCCGCAGCUGGUACCUGAAGGCCCAGCAGAUUGCUCCUAAGAACGGACGACCUUACAACCAGCUGGCCCUGCUGGCUGUUUACACGAAGAGGAAGUUGGAUGCAGUGUAUUACUACAUGCGUAGCCUUGCUGCCUCCAACCCCAUCCUCACUGCCAAGGAGAGUCUCAUGAGUCUGUUUGAAGAGGCCAAACGCAAGGCGGACCAGAUGGAGCGGAGGAGGAAGCAGGAGUCGGAGGGGGGGUCCAGGGGCCCGGGGGUUCGAGGAGGAGGACGGGGGGAGGAGGGGGCCAGGGUGGAGAUCUGGGUCGGCCCUAUUGGACAGGCAGGGGUUCCAUCAUCACACCGUGGGGGCAGCGAGUCCAGCAGAGACUCUGAACAGGAAGGAGAACUGGGCAACCUUAGCCCUAGUGAUCUCAAUAAGAGGUUUACUCUCAGCUUCCUCCACGCUCACGGAAAACUCUUCACUAAAGUGGGUAUGGAGUCGUUCCCUUCGGUGGCCAGUCGGGUUCUCCAGGAGUUCACAGUGCUGCUCCAACACAGCCCCUCCCCUCUGGGCAGCACACGCAUGUUGCAGAUCAUCACCAUUAACAUGUUCACGAUACACAACGCUCAGAGCAGAGGUAACAUACACACAGAAUGAGUGAGAUCUGUGUUACAGGAACAGAGUACAGCUCUGGGUCUGACCAUGUUCUCUCUGCUGGUCCAACGCUGCACAGAGCUGCUGAGAGAGACACCCGCAGAGCCCAUCCCAGCGGAGGAGAGAGAAGAGGGGCAGGAGGGGAUGGUGAGAGUUUCUGCCUUUCCAUUGGACCUGAGGGAGCUGCUGCCUAGCGUCAAGGUCUGGUCUGAUUGGAUGCUUGGACACCCCAACCAAUGGAAUCCACCACCUUGCCGUAUAGACUGUAGUCUUGAUGUGUGGCGUAGCCUGGCAGACCUGUGUAAUGCGUUGGCGCGUGUCGACCACGGCGAGGCGCCACUGUACAAGGCAGACGGGGACGGAGGCGAGGGGGAUGAGGAGCUCCGCCUGCUGCUAUUGGAGGAGGACAGGCUACUGGCCGGCUUCGUCCCGCUGCUCGCUGCCCCACAGGAACCCUGCUACGUAGACUGCACCGGGGAUACAGCAAUAGCUGCUGACUGUAAAAGGGUAACAGUAUUGAAGUAUUUCCUGGAGGCUCUGUGUGGACAGGAAGAACCUCUCCUGGCUUUUAAAGGAGGGAAGUACGUCUCCAUGGCAACCUCUCCCCAACCCGGUCGCCCCGGCGACGCACGCAGCAGACAGGACUCGCAGACAGAGAGAGAGAGUGAUGACGUCAUCGUGGAGGCGGAGUCGUCUGUGUCGGACGGUGAUGAUGGCAGUGAGGACGACAUCCGAGAGCUCCGGGCCAGACGCAGCGCCCUCACCAACAAACUGGCUGAGCAGCAGAGACGCAGGGACAAGAUACAGGCGGUGUUACAGACGUGUGGUCAGUUGGAGUUGGAGGUCCGUCCUCUUUUCCUGGUCCCCGACACCAACGGUUUCAUCGACCACCUCACCGGCCUCAAGACGCUGCUUCAGUCUGGGACCUACAUUGUGGUGGUGCCCCUCAUAGUGAUAACAGAGUUGGAUGGUCUGGCAAAAGGGCAGGAGAGCUGCGAUGGCUCUGGCAGUGGGCGUGGUGGCAGUGGUUGUCGUGGAAACGCCGGUGGUGGUGGACCGACCCACGCCCGGUCGGUCCAGGAGAAGGCUAAGGUUGCCGUGGCGUUUCUGGAGCGAGGGUUCGAGGCCAGGGAGCCCUGUCUCAGAGCGCUGACCAGCAGAGGAAGUCAACUGGAGUCUAUCGCCUUCCGCAGCGAAGACACCUCCGGACAACAGGGAAACAAUGAUGAUGUCAUCUUGUCCUGCUGUCUCCACUACUGCAAAGAUGAGGCUAAGAGCUUGAUGCCUGCACAGACAAACGGUCCGGUGCGUUUGCGUCGGGAGGUGGUUCUCCUGACAGAUGACCGUAACCUGCGUGUCAAAGCCCUGACCAGGAAUGUGCCGGUCAGAGACAUCCCCGCAUUCCUCACCUGGGCCAAAGUGGGCUGAACCGGGUCACACACAGACCACGCCCAGAGCACCCAGACAACCAAUCAACUGCUGAUAACCGCUGGCCACCUCCCACACCACCUUGGAGUGGAGAAGGAGAAUAUACACUAAUGCAGAAGAGAAGACUGUUGGGGGGAGAGAGAGACGAAGGAGAAACUCAUUUUUUUUGUUGGUGGAA